GAGAGAUGGGGCAUUGUCCGGUAUCUGGUGAUAAUGAUCUUUCUCGCGUGUUUUCUGUUCCCCUUCCCGCCAUGAUGAACGAAUGUAUAUCUUACUAUUUAUGUCCUGCGGUGUUUUUUGUAAAUACCCCCUUUGCUAUGCAGCGUGCAGAAAAGUUGUCCUUUACUGUUUUGUGUCUCAAGCUACCACUUUUGUACUGCGUGCUUGCACCAAGGGUGCAUGUUUGAUUACAUCUUUGCCAUGGAUAUGUACUUUUGCUCUAAGCGUCCAUCCCGUCGGGAACUUCCUGGUGCAUUGUUCUUCCUAGGUUUUCCGAAGCAGCCAGUAAUAAUACUUCUGUCUAGGAAGUAUGCAAAGGGUAC